AUGACGGCUCAAGGGACUUUGGCUGAGGGGAACAACGUGGGAGGCACUGGAGGCGACUGGAAACUCCGACACUGGCGUUCGUCCGGUUGGUUGGAAGGCGCUGGAUUCGUGUGUGACGAUGUGCGGACUGGCCACUCGCCUUGCGAUCGGCGAGUCGGCCUUUUUCUGCGUCGCGACAGCACUCACGUCGAGCUACACAUGCGGCGUUACUGCCUGGUCUCGCCGCCUGUCUGA